GCUGCAGACCUGCAGCUGGAGAUGACCAGGGCCCCACAGAAGAAGCCGGACCCCAACGAGGCGCUCAUCUUCGGCAAGACCUUCACCGACCACAUGCUGAUGGUGGAGUGGAGCUCCGACAAGGGCUGGGCCCAGCCCCGCAUCCAGCCCUUCCAGAAUCUCUCCUUGCACCCCGCCUGCUCUGCGCUCCACUACUCCCUUCAGCUCUUCGAGGGCAUGAAGGCCUAUAGGGGCCCCGACGGGAACGUUCGCCUUUUCCGCCCCUGGCUCAACAUGGACCGAAUGCUGCGCUCAGCCCUGCGCCUCUGCCUGCCGAGCUUCGACAAGGCCCAGCUGCUGGAAUGCAUCCGACGGCUGAUCGAGGUGGACAAGGAAUGGGUCCCCAGCAGCUCGGGGACCAGCCUCUACGUGCGACCAGUGCUGAUCGGCAACGAGCCGUCGCUGGGGGUCACCCACUCCUCCAGGGCCCUGCUGUAUGUCAUCCUCUGCCCGGUGGGUGCCUACUUUCCCGGAGAUGCCCUGAGCCCCGUCUCCCUCAUGGCCGACCCCACCUUCAUCCGGGCCUGGGUGGGCGGCGUCGGCGACUGCAAGCUGGGGGGAAACUAUGGACCCACAGUGUUUGUGCAGCACGAGGCCAAGCGGAAGGGCUGUGAGCAGGUGCUGUGGCUGUUUGGGCCUGACCAUGAGCUCACUGAGGUUGGCACCAUGAACAUCUUCAUCUACUGGACCUACGAGGAUGGGGUGCUGGAGUUGGUGACACCCCCGCUGGACGGUGUCAUCCUGCCCGGGGUGGUCAGGCAGAGCCUUUUGGAUCUGGCACAGUCCUGGGGUGAUUUUCGGGUGUCCGAGCGGAAGAUCACCAUGAAGGAGCUGAUGCGGGCGCUGAAGGAGGGCCGGGUUCGAGAAGUCUUCGGGUCAGGCACCGCCUGCCAGGUCUGCCCGGUGAACCAGAUCCUGUACCAAGGCCAGAACCUGCAAAUCCCCACCAUGGAAAACGGCCCCGAGCUCAUCCACCGCUUCCUGAAGGAGCUGAAGGCAAUUCAGUAUGGAACCAAAGAACACAAGUGGAUGCUGCAAGUGUGAUGCGGCGCCAUCUGCGGCCCCCUCGACCCACCAACCUGGAUUUCUAGGCCCUGCUGGACCCUCAUCUCCCUCCAGAAGACUCACCCAAGUGCAAUAAGAUUGGGGGGGUGGGAUGCCUGGGUCUCUGGGCCCCUCACGAUCGCUACACUCCCAAAGCCAAAAGGGCCAGACCCAGGCGUCUUGGCCCCGAGCCCUCUCAGGCCUGGGGAUCUAGAUCCCCGCAGCUCCGUUUUUUGGGGGGUCAAGAGUGCGCUUUGACCCCCCGACUCCACCUCUCUCUGUUUCAGGCCGGGUCUUCCGGCAGUGCCAUUGAUAUAGAUUUAUAUAUAUAUAUAUAUAUGUAUUUGUUUGUUUGUUUUUUUCCAUUCUUGCUGCAAUUUUGAAAUAAAAUACCAAAGAACAA